CCACGAAUCAGAUGACAAGAAGAGUCCUCCUCUUCCAUGUGAGCCUAUCUCCUGCAUCCUCCUCUCGAACCCCAACUGCCCUCAUGUCUUCCCUCACGACAUCCAUCAACCUUCUCUUUGGUCUUCCUCCCGCUCUCUUGCCAGGCAGCUCCAUCUUCAUCAUCCUUCUACCAAUAUACGCACUAUUUCUCCUCUGGACGUGUCCGAACCAUCCAAGUCUGCUCUCUCUAACUUUGUCUCCAAAACAUCGAACCUCGGCCGUCCCUCUGAUGAGCUCAUUUCUAAUUGUAUCCAACCCGGUCACUCCGAGAGCGAACCUCAACAUCUUCAUGUGCUCUGCUUCCUGUUGUCGCUUCAGUGCCACUGUCUCGAAACCGUCCAUCAUGGCUGGCCUCACUACUGUUUUAUAAACUUUGCCCUUCAUCCUAGCAGAGAUGCUUUCCACCUGUUCUUCGACUUCGACCCACAGUAGCUGAAUUUCCACCGGUGGCGGACGUUGUUAACCCGGGCCACGACCGAUCCGGAAUGGAAUUCUUGGGAUGAACGCUCAUAUUUGUUUGGCAAAGUUUGAAGCCGGAUGCCCUUCCUGACGCAACCCUUUGCAUUCAUCCGGGCUUGGGACCGGCCUACAGUUUGCACUGGCUUGUGCCCCCCAUAGGGCUGCAUUAAGAAGCACUUGAAUGAUUUUGUGAAAAACAACUGAACGAUUCGAUGAACGAAUUUUUUGAAUGAACUGAUUCGAAUGAUUCAGUACACUCAAAAGAACUGCCGUGCCCAUCACUAUUCCCUAGUACAAUUCCCCCCCCCCCCCCCCAAAAAAAAGAAAACACACGGAAAUCACCCUCCCCCAUUGGAGGACCAUUCGGACGGCACCGAACUUUGCGAAACGCGCUGCCGCCCCGUCGACACGCGCACAAUGAAUUGGCAAGCGUCGCCAAGCGCAGUCACCGCCCGGUGGAGACGUUCUCAAGAGUUAAACAAACGAAGCUUAUUGGAGCCGUACGACAGCGCGAGUGGGCCAAAAGCCACCAGCGGAGUUUGCGACUGGGGUACACAUAAGCCGCUUGACAUGUCCGCCUUCAGCUGGACCGUGGUGGUCCUCACCUGCCAGCACAAGGACAGCGUCUACGCCUUCCACAGAGAGUUGGAGUUGCGUCAGCGUGGCGGAAGCGUGUGUGCCGGUGCGAUGCUGUUGACGGUGCAGGACCGCCAGGAACCGCUGGGCAGCGGGGGUGCCACGCUCAACGCGCUCCUGGUGGCCGCAGAGCACCUGAGCGCCCGCGCGGGACACACUGUGGUGACGGCGGACGUUUUGGAUGAAGCUCACAUCCUCAUCCUCCACACGGGUCGCGACUUCCCGUGGAGUUCGUGCAGCCGAGCCUUCUCGUGGCUGCCCGCGGAGAAUCCCGCCACCGCGCUCGGGGUUGAGGCCCCCGUCUGCUGCGUGGACGUGCUCAUCCGCUGCCUCACGCAACAGGUCUGUCCCGGGUCCCCUCCCGGUGUGUGGGUGUGCAGCACCGACAUGAUGUUCAGCAUCCCUGAAAACUUCGCGUUGUCGUGGGACGGCUUCUCAGGCGUCCGCGCCGUGGCGCUCCCCGGCGACGUGUCGUACGCCGCCGAUCACGGCGUCUACUUGAGCGACCGGACGGGUCACAUCAAGGACAUCAUCUACAAGGGGAGCCGGGAGCAGGUUCAGCAAGCCCUGAUGCAUGAUGGGAAAGUGCCUCUGGUGUCAGGGCCGGUGUUCUUCAGCCGCUCGGCAGCCGAGAAACUUCUCCAGACGCACGUGACUCCGCCUCUGGACGGCUGCACCUACUUGGGCCUGGACUCCGGAGCUCCGCCCCUCCGGCUGUCUCUGUUCCUGGACGUGCUCAAGUGUUUGUGCUGCGAUCAGAGCGAGGAUGAGCCGUCGGGCGCCGACGCUCCUGCGUCCGGGCCGCAGGGGGCGACGUUGCGGCGCGGCAGGAAGGAGCUGCGCAGGAUCCUGAGAGGAACCCCGCUCACCUUGGCGUACGUACCGGGCGGUCGCUACGACUACAUGACUCUGUCCGGGCGGCGACACGUCCUCCGUCUGACCUCUGACCCCACACAAGGACACGCCCUCUCCCACAUCCAGGUGGCCGGCGCCGUGAGCGGAGGAGGUCGGGUCAUCAACAGCGUUCUGGAGGGAAUGGUUACCGUGGCGACCGGGGCUGUGGUGCAACACUGCCAUCUGCAGGGUCCCCUGCGCGUCCCUUCUGGCUGUUUACUGUCAGGCCUCGACGCGUCCACGUCCCCCGACGUCAGACGCCUGGCGCUGGGUGAUGACGUCAUCAUUCAGGGACAUCGCGUUGAGCUGGGGGACCUGAAGCUGAAGGUCUACACUACGAUGGGAGGACUGGACGACCUGGAGCUGCGCUGCGAUGACGAAGGCGCGUCCUUCCUCAACGCGCCUUGGCGCGUCGUCUUCAGCAGGACCGGCAUACAGCCACAGGACUUGUGGGCGGAGGGAGAAGGGCGCUCCCUGCUCGAGGCGCGGCUCUUCCCGGCCCUGCCCCCCAGAGAGGGUGGCGUGGGCGUGGCGGGGGGCGUGGCCUGGCUGCUGGGCGGAGCCGGCUGCGUGCGGCGUUGGCGGGAGGCGUGGCGACUUUCCCUGAAGGAGGUGCUGGCGCUCACGCACCAGGAGGAGGAGCUCCGGUGGAGGGAGACCUUGCUGUUCCUGGCGGGCAGGAAGCGGACGAGAGACGCCCUGACGGGGCGAAGCGACGUCUGCGUGAUGCCCAGCUUCAGGGCCGCCGUGGCGGCCGGGCAGCAGGGGGCGCUGCUCGAGCUGCUGGACACCAUCGCAGCAGGAAGUGGAGCUGAGCAGGGGGAGGAGCCACAGUGUAAGCAGUCACACGAUGAUGGCGAUGUCCACGUGGCCGUCAGCGAGGGAGCGCAGCCGGGCGUGACCGCCCGCUGCCUGUCGUGCAUCGCGGACGUGUUGACGUGCUGGGCCGAAGCCGAGGGCGGCGGCGGACUGAGGAGCGGACCGUCCGCCAACGAGAAAUGGAGCGCCACCUACUUCCUGUUGGAAAAGGGAGAUGUGAAGGGCGGAGUCAAGGCCCUGGCGGAGCAGCGAGCUAAUUGGCUGAGCAGGCCCGACCUGCUGGUGCGGGCGGCGCGCCACUACGAGGGCGCCGCCCAGGUGCUGCUACGCCGGGCUGUGAUGUCAUCACAGAAGUUUGUGGACAUUGGCCAGGGGGUGCUCCCGCCUCUUGAGCAGUGGCAUGAAGUGGAGUGUCCCGCCAGAAUCGAUCUUGCUGGCGGCUGGAGCGACACACCGCCCUUGGCCUUCGAGCACGGCGGCUGCGUGACCAACGUGGCGGUGAAGAUUGACGGGCGGCGGCCUAUUGGCGCCCGCGCGCGACGCAUUAAAGAGCCCCGCCUCCUGUUGGUCAGCCACAGCGGGGGGCGGGACUCUGGCAUUGCCACGGAGACGGUGUGUGAGACCAUGGACCACCUCAAGGACUACUGCCAGCCCAACGCGCCCGGUGCUCUGCUGAAGGCGGUGUGCGUGUGUGCCGAUGUGGUGUCGCCGUCCUCCCGAGAUCCUUUAGGGCGUCAGCUGACUGCUUGCUGGAGCGGAGGUCUGGAGCUCCACGGUUGGUCGGCGCUGCCCACCGGCUCGGGACUCGGUACCAGCAGCAUCCUGGCGGGGGCGCUGCUGGCGGCGGUCUACGCCGCCACGGGGCGAUCGUACACAGGCGAUGCGCUCAUUCAUGCCGUACUGCACCUGGAACAAGUCCUCACCACUGGGGGGGGCUGGCAGGACCAGGUGGGCGGUCUGGAGGGCGGUCUUAAGGUGGGCCGGUCCCAAGCCCGUCUGCCGCUGCGGGUGCACGUGGAACGCCUGCGUCCCCCGGACGGCUUCGUGGAGGCUCUGGAGCAGCGCCUUCUGCUGGUCUACACCGGGAAAACCAGACUGGCUCGCAACCUGCUGCAGGAUGUGGUGCGCAGCUGGUACAGUCGUCUUCCUGCGAUGGUUCGCAACCUUCAAGAGCUUGUGUCCAACAGCGAGGACUGUGCACGUGCCUGUCUUGACGGUUGCUUGUCUUCGUUGGGCCGCUGCCUGGAUCGUUCGUGGCGCCACAAGAAGCGGAUGGCGCCAGGCUGCGAGCCGGCGUCUGUGCGCGUGAUGAUGGAGGCGCUGCGCCCGCUGGUCCUGGGUCAGAGCCUGGCGGGCGCCGGCGGCGGCGGCUUCCUCUGCCUGCUCACCCGCCGGCCCGCGCAGAAGGACGCCGUCCUCCGGGUCCUCGCGCGCACGCCGGGUCUGGGAGACUUCAGCGUCCACACGGUGCAACUGGACAUGGAUGGCCUCACAGUUCUCCAGCCAACAGGCCUCUGGAUACAUUUUAAAAAGAUGUGGACUUCAUCACUUGAAAUUAUGACCAGGAUAUUUUUGGAAAAGGAAUUGCCGGGAAGCGAGAUGUUGGGCCAAGUUGAAAGUUGAUUUCAUAUUCAUCCAGCAAAAAGCAACGAACAGUACACAGCGCUCGUUGACGUGAAACUUUUCCCAGCUUCUUUUCGACAAGUGGACGUCUCCGCUAAACGCAGAACGAUUCCGUAUGCUUGGUUUAUCCGACCCCGCUGCUUUCUUUUGGUCUUGAUUUCACCCGUCGACAUUUGCCAGGAUUCCGCAAGUCGUAUAUGUGAUGUACUUAACAGUUCCACAACAAUGUACACAAAUCCAUUUAUGAUAUAUACACAUUUCAAACAAACGAGUUGUCUUAUAAAAGCACUUUAUUAAUAUGAAGACACAAUCAAGCUUUCGCCACCAGACGCAUGUAUUUGUUGAAUGUGUAUUUUAUAUUUAAUACAGAGCCCCGAUUCAUCGACAGUGUGUGUGUGUGUGUGUGACUUCCUGUCAGGUUGUUGUUCAUAGAGCUGAGUGCGGCGGUUAUGACGAAGUCUGCCUAGCGACAAGCAGCCAGUCGUCAUCACUUGCCAGCGACC